AUGAGUUCCAACCAGCUGCAGGGAGCAGCCAAGCUGGAACAGGUUACCCAGCUGUUGGGAACGCUCAAAAAGGACCUGCAAGAGAAGCAGCUUACUCCAGCUCAAAAAGUUCAGACCCUUUUACAACUGCGCCAGCAUGGCACGAACCCCGUCGACGCCGGACCAAUCUAUUGCAACGAUGGUAUCGGACUAUUGGCUCGGUAUGGAAUUGAAGGAGAGACGGCUGAUGUUCGGCGUGCGGCCUUGCGCUGCGUGGCCAAUGCUCUCCUUCUUGAUUCCAGCAUGCGCCAGGUCUUCGCGGACACGGGAUACGGAGGCAAACUAGCAGAGAGAUUAAAGGUGCGGAUUUCGCUCUCAAUUACGAGUACCUGGGAUUUAUCGCUGACUGGCCCUUCAAAUCUCCAGACUGAUAACUCUGAAGACGAGAUGGUCACUAGUCGGAUCUUGUUCCUUUCGACCUACGACAGCAACUUGGACUUUGAGGUCCUGAUCAACAAGAACUCCCUUGGAGACAACGUGAAUUAUCAACUAUCCCGACACGCGAAACAAUUCCCCAAGUCUGGCCGACCUCCAUUGACGCAGAUGGACGAACUGGCGCUUAUCGAUACCCUAAAGCUCAUUUUCAACGUUUCAAAGUUGUAUCCCGACCUUGCUGUCAACUUCUCGCCUUCGAUACCUCACAUUUUGAAGAUCAUCAGCAGGAUGGAAAUCCCGACCAAGCCGCUCGAUGGUUUGAUCAGCUACCUAAUUAACUCUUUGUCCGUGCUGGACCUGGAGGGGAAGAAAGAGAAACACUUCGAGAGCAACCCUCUGUUCCCGAAGUUCAACCAGAACUGCAAUGUUGACAAGUUGAUCAAUAUCCUUGACCAAGCGGUGUCACUCUACCGCCCGGAGGAGCUGGAAGAGAAAGCAGUCCCCCUCUUACACUCUCUCAUCGUCGUCCAUGAAAUCGCUCCUGAUGGCCCGCGAAAGUAUAUGCAAUGGCUCCUGCUGCCUGAAGACAGUGAGCGCAGCUUGCCAAUUGGACGCUCCGAUACUCUUGCUUCAAAAUUGUUGCAGCUUUCUACCAGCCCCUAUCCAAACCUGAAAACUGGUAUCUCCGAACUGAUGUUCGUUCUUUCUGGCAAGGAUGCUGAAAAUCUCACACGGCGUAUCGGCUAUGGAUUUGCUGCUGGCUUCUUAGCUUCUCGUGGCAUGGAGAUUCCACAGAAUGCAGGCGAAGCCUUCGCGACUAACAAUGCUGAUGGUCUGGACUCGGAAGUCAACCCAAUCACUGGGCAGCGUUGGGCUGCCGAGCCGAAGGAUACAGGUCCCCCCAUGACUGACGAGGAGAAAGAAAGAGAAGCAGAAAGACUUUUUGUCUUGUUUGAGAGGGCUCGAGCAAAUGGUCUGAUCACAAUGGAGAAUCCCGUGGCCCAGGCAGUUCGAGAGGGACGAUUUGAGGAACUUCCGGAUGAUGCCGAUAGUGAUUAG